AUGGGAGGCCUCCCCCGGGCUGGCUGGCGCAUGUGCAGUCCCUGCUCUCCCCCUCCCCUGCCCCCUCCCCUCCCCUCCCCUCCCCUCCCGCUGUUGGGUACACCGCGCGUCAGCUGCAGCACCGAGCCGCCGCCUCAGUCGCUGAGCUGCAUCUCCAACCUACGGCACACGGCCAUGGUGGAGCAGAGUGUGGAUCCACGGGCCGGCCCAGGACAGCCUGGGGGGGGCUGGACACUGGUCCCCUCCAUCUCGGCCGUUAUUAAGUACUCUUGCUUCAUCUGCUGGUCCAGGGAGAAGAGCUCAGUGGAAGAGGAAAUCAAGGAGAAUGCAGUGAGCGUCAGCCAAAGGACAUGUGAAAUCCAGGAGCUACAGGAGGAGGUGCAGCAGGAGAGCGGGGAGCUCAGGCAGCUACAGAGCCGGAGAUGGCAGGUCCAGGAGGUGCUUGGUGAGCUGGAGCAGAAGAAGGGCGACCUGGAAGGGCAGCUGGGGCACAUUCAGGAGCAAUGCAGCCUGGAGAACCAGCUGAUUCUCUCUCUGCAGGGGGAGCAGUUGGAGCAGCAGCAGCAAAUCGAGGAGGUGGAAGAGGAGCUGUUGCGGGCACAGGAGGCGCUGUGGAGACUGCGGGAAGAGGCGGCACGUGCCGGGGAGCGACUGGAGGCCACACGGACUCGGCUGGGGCCUCUGAGGGUCCAUGUCCGUGACUCCCACGCCAGCAUUGCUCAGCUGCAGCUGAAACUGGAUGAGCUUCAGCAUACAGACACACCCUUGAGGGAGGAAUUAGAGCCACUGACCAAUGGCAUCGCAGAUGUGAAGACCAAGGUUCAAAUGACUGCUGAGCCACUUCAGUGGGAAAGUGGCCAACUGGAGUGGAGAGGGGAGGAAGAGCAAGUGGCCCCUAAAGAGCAGGAACCCAAAGCCGAUGUGUCAGAGGAGCUUCACGGCAGCCGCCAGCCGCAGCAGAUUAUGCAAAGCCGUGGUUCCAGUUCUCCAUCUGAAGUAGCAGCAGCACAGAAGGAGGAUCUACAGCAGUCUGUAAACACCAGCGAUUUCAAGGUAUCACUUAUAGAGGAGGCAGAACCUGUGGAGCAGGCCAAGGCCCCUACAGUCGGCACAUUGGAUUUCUUCAAUUCGGACCCUUUCACAGACAACGACCCAUUUGAGGACAGUCCAUUCGGAGCAGCGGAUGUCUCAGAUAUUUUCAGUAGGGACCCGUUCAAAGGCACAGACCCCUUCUCCUCAGACGCCUUAUUCGGAGAGCCCUCUCCCAAGCCCUUCGGAGAUGUCGUCGUCCCUGCCGAGUCCCGCCCCUUUAACUGCCAGUUCAGCGGCUGGGUAAAGGAGCCCAUCCUUUCGGAGAACGGCAAGGAGUCAACGGUCCUGCUUGUCUUCGAGGCUGACAGUCCAACUGAUGACGAGCCUGUCCAAUGCAAAGAGCUAAGCACAGUCGACCCAGACCCCUUGGCCCCCUCCCAGCGCAUUGAGGGUUCCUCGAAUGACUCGUCUUCCAUGGUCACAGUGACUCGUCUUCCCAAAGAUUUGGAGGAACUCCAUGACUCCCGCCCAGUUCCCUUUGCCGAGGCGUCUGGUAGUCUGCCGCUGGCGGAGAGGUUUGCCGAUUUCGGCCGGCUGUCCUUCAGCACCGAAAGCCUGGCUUCGUGUAGCACAGAGAACCAGGACGAUUCAUCCGCAGAAGACAGUGAGGAUGAGAACCUGGACACACCCCCCAGGAGCCCUGGCGGGCCACCUCCACUGCCUCCUGGACCCAGCAACUCCUCACACCAUCAUAACGAGACAGAGGCCUGUGACUUUUUCCCCACAACGUCACACCGCUGCCCCCUGGGAGAUUUGGAUAAUUUCUCCACCUCUGACAAUGCGGAAAUCUCGGGACUCGCCGGGCCAGAGCCGGAGAUGCGGGACCCUCCCAGAGCCCUCGACGAGGGGCAGUCCUGAGUGCCUCUCCGUGUUCCAGCCCAGACAGCUGAAGCCUUGUUACAGGAUAACAGAAAUGACACAUGAAGCUCCAUCUGGGACUUAAAGCUCCUGUUUUCUCCCUGACAUGCUCCUUGCCUAACUUACCUUGACAUCCUACCUUGAGCCAAUCGUAGUAUCAUUAUUGCUGUUGUCCUCGUCAUUGUUGCUUAGCAAACGUCAUCAUGUAGGGCUGUCAGCCAUCUUAACCGCACGCUAAACUCGGUCACAUGACGGUGCUGCAUUCCAGGCACCCAGAGGUAGUCUGCUGCCGGUUGCAAUGGAUUUAUUUAGGAACAGGGGCGGGCAAACAACCUUGAUGUGGAUCCUCUUCUAGUUUUCCCUGGUGCUUGUAUGGUUUUACAUAUUUUCGCACACUUUCAAUUUCCGAUUUUCAGUGUGAAUCACAAAUUCUCUGCCUGCUUCUCUUUUCAAACCAAUAAUAUAAAAAGACUUUAGGAUAUUUAAUUUCUUAUUUCUCAUUCGUUUGCUUCGUUUUUGUUUAACAAAACAAUGCCUUAAGUCAAACGAAAGUUAUGUUUCCAUUUGCUGAUUGAGCUCUGAACGUAAACGAACUUCGUAGCGAUUCGUAGCCACAAUCCGUUGAGAGUGUUAAUAAAAAGUCUCCAUAAACUCGACACCUGCAAUGGAUUAUGGGUAACAAUCCCCUCAGCUGUGACACUAAAGGUCUAAAGGUGGGUGGAGAAGUCAUUAUUUUUUAUGCUUGUUUUGUGGAGAAAAGUCACAAAAGAGGGUUUGAAAGAGCAGAUGGCAAGUUGUGAUCAGAGAUCUGGGAUAAGCCACUUAAAAGCAAGGUUACGGCCUUCCUGUCUUUACUUGCGUCACCAAUAUUUUCUGCAGGUUUUACCACAUGAAACUGUAGUAGCUCCAGAGGCAAUUAAAAAGAAUAGAAGCUCUUUAUUGCUAUUGUACAGGUACAGCUGCAAUGAAAUUUAAUCUUGGCAAUCCCAUCCUGCUCUUCUGUGGGAGACACGAAUAUUUAGGUGAGAGAGAGAGUGAAGUCUGGGGUUAGAGCACAGAGUUAGAUGUGUUUCCAACACCUCUGGGGCAGUUUUGGGGUUAACAUUCACCCUGCUGUUUAUGGGAUUCGAACCGGAGGUCCACUAGUGCGGACUCCCGACACUCAUGCGGUCACAGUUUCUAUUCUUAUUUAUCUGGAUGUUGCAAAACUAAACCACUUGAGACACAAAAGGUACAUUUUAAGUAAUUUGGGACACAGUUUUAUUAACUUUGAGGGUGAGCAUCAUUCGUGGUCUUGCAUUUACAUCUCUUCUAAACGAGAAAAUCUGAGUGCGGAGAAACUUUACGUUAAAGAAUUUCCACGCACUGCCGUGUAUAACUAGGCAAGAUAAUUAAAGGAAACCUUUUUAAAACUUGUGCAUGUUUAUUAUUAGGAUGUUAACUUCUGACAUUCAAAUAAACCUUGGAAUUGAAUCA